AUGAACCGUCCAAAACCUCCUGGGGACAUCGGCGGCUGGCAAAACGUCACACAUCGCCAGAAUCGAUCAUUGGAUAAGGGGGUAUCCCAGGAAACCACAAUCUUCAUCUCUAAUCUCCCUGAGGGUUGCACAAGUAACCUAUUAUGGAAGAUAUUCAAAUCCUUCGGUCACAUGUCAGAUGCAUACAUCCCACAACAGAAAGACAACGCGGGAAAUUUUUUUGCUUUCAUUCGGUUUCUGAAAGUCAAAGACUACAAUCGGUUGGUGGAUAAUCUUAACUCUGUGAAGAUUGAUGGGGCAAAAAUUGCGGCUAAUAUUGCAAAAUAUGACAAAAAUGGGAACCGAAUCUGGAACUCGCAUGAAAGAAACAGUGGUGCCGCCUUCCCUAAGAAUGUUCCUAGAUUUAAUCAUUAG